UUAAAUUGAGAGAAUUAUUUUUUGUUUUUGGUCCACCACGAUUGCUUCAUAGUGAUAACGGAAAGGAGUUUGUUGCUAGCGUUAUAACUGAAUUAAAAAAAUUGUUUCCUGAUCUUUGUUUUAUACGAGGACGUCCUCGCCAUCCUCAAAGUCAAGGUUGUAUCGAACGAGCAAAUGGUGUACUUUGUGAUGCUCUUGGAAAAUGGUUGACAACAAACAACUCCAUUCACUGGUCAGAAGGUCUUUUACCUGUGGUCUAUGGAAUUAAUACAAGAGUUUCGUGUGUCACAAAGAAAACACCAUAUGAAGUCAUGUUUGGUCAGCCGCCUCGCUCGGAUUCUGAAUUUUGGAAACUUGUUGAUCAAAAUAACAUUGAUGAUGAGGAUGAUUUACCAACACCAGUGGCUGAUAUGGAUGGUACAGUUGUUGAUCGAAAAGACGAUACGGCUGAUCUUGUUGAUAGCGACGUAAUUCCACUUGUUGAAAAGUUAACGGACGAUGUUGUUUCUAAUUCUAUAGUUGGUCUGUUAUCACCAGACUAUAAUACAGCAGGUUUUACUUCCACAUGUGAUAUAAAUAACUCAUUCACAAAUGAUCUUAUUUCUUUCGGUUCACCAGUAAAAAAUAGCUUUAAUUCUAAUAAUGAACAUAAUUCAAAUAGAAAUAAUUUACUCGAUUGUCUUCAAGAUGUUGAUUCGCUUUUAACAUGUUCUAAUACCGAUAUUGCUUCUUCAUCUUCAACUGUACCAUAUACACAAUCCGCAAUAAGUAUUUUAGAUGAAAUUACUUCUCCUAGUUUUCUUUCAUGGUCAGGUAUAAAUGUUGUAGCUUCUCAGCCAAUCACUUCUUCUUUUGAUCUUGAUUCUUCUACAACGCAAGCUUCUUCUAGUAAUUCAUUACCAGUUUCGACCAACACUAAUAUUUCUGCAUGUUCUUCUAAUUCAUCACGUCAUGAUCUUAUACGUAAAACUGCUACUGAUAAUUACUUAAAUACCGCAAAUAAAAAGGUUAAAUUGCAUCAUGUUUAUUUAAAUAAUUUAACAGAAAAGUUUAAUGUAAAUGAUUGUGUAGGCGUUCAAAUCCAUACAGUUGAUCGUACAAAUACAGACGCAAAACUUUUACCCUGCUUAAUCCUUGAAAAAACCAAAAAAAAUGAUGAUCUUGUUUUCAAAUUAGUUUGUCAAUACGGUAAACUACAGAAUGCAUUCUCAGUUGAGAAUUUUGUAGAUUUAAAAUCAGCUUGUCCACAAGAAUUAAAACAGCUUAAUGUUCAUGAAUUAAAAGAUAUUUCGUUUAUCGAAGCAUGCAAACUUUAUGUACGUGGGGCAGUAAGCGGAAGUACAUGUGAUUGUAAAUCAAAAUGUGCCACAAAGCACUGUCCAUGUAAAAAAGCUAAUGUAUCAUGUUCGACAAAAUGUCAUUCAAAGCGAGGAGCUUGUCAGAAUAUGGGAGAAUAG